AUGGGCAAAUACACAUUCACAUGGGAACAUGACGCCAACGACGUUUACGUGACCGGCACCUUCGACGACUGGAAGAAGACGGUCGAGCUGGAGCAGGAGGACGGCAUCUUCAAGAAGACGGUCGAGCUCCCCAAGACCAAGACACAGUACAAGUUUGUCGUCAACGGAAACUGGUGCAUCAACGAGAGCGCGCCCAAGGAGGACGAUGGCCACGGCAUUGUUAACAACAUUCUCCUGCCCGAGAACAUUGUCGACGAGCCCGCCCACACACUCUCGUCCGCAGCGCCCACAUCCUCAACAGCUGCCCUCGCCGGCGCUGUCCCCAAGGUGAAGGACAUGGACAAGGCCAGGUCGAACGAGUCGAUUCCUGUCAACCUCAAGGAGGCACCAGAGCAGGACGAUGCAGACGCCAAGGUCAGCGUUGCGCCUAUCCCCGCAACUGCUGGCGCCGGCAACCCCAUCCACCUUGCUCCCGGCGACAAGGUGCCCCACCCAAGCACCCUGACUUCCAACACCAUCAGCAGCACGGCUAGGACCGACGAGGACGCCUACUACAAGUCGGGCUCCCAGGCUCCCCAGCUGCCCCCGGUCGACCUCACACCUCAGUCGGAGAGGCCAGCAAACGGCGGCAUGUUCGGCCUGCCGUCUCAGCUCGACCACCUGGUGCCCGAGUCUAGCUUGCCUAUGGGCGUCGAUGCCCAGGUCGAGAAGGACACUGGUGUCCACAUCCAGUCGGCAGCUCCCACAAGCUCCACCGCCUUCCUCGCUGGCCAGGUCCCCAAGGAGCCAAGAGGCGUCCCCGACGUCGUGACUGAGAGCCAGAAGGAGGCUGGUUUCGCUCCCGAGGCGGCCGCAAACUCAGAGGCUGUCCUCGAGAAGAAGGAAGUGGAGCAGGAGCUCAAGGAGAAGGUCCCCGAAAAGACCUCUGCUGAGAACGACCACGCCCCUGCCCUCGAGGCUGACAGUUCUACCAGUGUUGGUGAGAGCAUCGGCGCAGUCGCUGGUGGCGUUGCUGCUGCUGCGACCGUCGGCGCUGGUCUGUUCGCUGGAGCCAUCUACGCUGCGAAAGAGAAGACUGCCGAGGCUGUUGGCUUGGACAAGGACGCCACUGUCGGCGAGACUGCUUCUGCUGUUGGUGGCAAGGCCGUCGAUUCCGUUGGUCUGGAUAGCAGCAAGACCGCAGCUGACAAUGUCUACCUCGCAAAGGACAAGACACUAGAUGCCGCUGGUCUUGACAAGAAUGCCACCGCGACCGAGAAUGCUUACCUUGCAAAGGACAAGACACUCGACGCCGCUGGUCUUGACAAGAACGCCACUGCAGCUGACAACGCCUACCUCGCCAAGGACAAGACUGCGCACGCUACCGGUCUGGACAAGGCUGCCGACAGCGCCUACGCUGCAAAGGACAAGCUUGUCGCGGCUGUCGGCCUGGACAACUCCGCUUCGGCAACAGACAACGCAUACCUCGCAAAGGACAAGGCUGUUGGCGCCGCUGGUUUCAACGGUUCAGCUGGUACCACUGCCGCAGAUGACGUGCCAGUCGUCGUUGCUGAGAGCCAAAAGGAGGCUCACGCCAGCCCUGAGGCUGCUGCCAAUGCUGAGGCCGUGAUCGAGAAGUCGCAGUUUGAGCAGGAACUUCUGAGCCAAGUCCCCAAGUCUCACGAGCACGGCGAGUCAGCACCUUCGGUCGCUGUCCCCGCAGUUGUUUCUGAUAGCCAGCGUGAGGGCCAUGCCAGCCCCGAAGCGGCCGCCAACUUCGGCGCUGUUCACGAGAAGCAGGAUCUGGAGGAUGAGUUGCUCCGUUCUGUUCCUCGCACCAACGCCUCAGGCGAGUCAGCUCCUGCCAUUGCUGUCCCUGCAAUCGUUUCCGAGAGCCAACAAGAGGCUCAUUCGAGCCCCGAGGCUGCUGCGAACCCUAUCGCUGUUCACGACAAGAAGGACUUGGAGUCUGAGCUGCUCAAGACUGUUUCCAGGACCGAUGAGUCUGGCGAGCACGCACCUGCGAUCGCGUCGGCACCUUCUGCCGCCACAUCAGCUUCCAAGACAGAGCUUCCCGUUCGUGGUGUACCCGACAUUGUAGCCGAGAGCCAGAAGGAGGCACAUGUUCUCCCCGAGGCCAGUGCCAAUACCGAGGCCGUUGCAGAGAAGAAGGAGCUUGAAUCCGAGCUGUUGAGCCAGGUCAAAAAGACCAAUGAGUCCGGCGAGCCGGCUCCUACCCUGUCUGCAGCCACUGCCACGACUGCUCCUGGUCUGUCCGGUACCGGCUCCUCUGCUCCUGCGCUGUCUGACUCGUCGUACCCGCUCUCGACCAACUACCAGCCCGCCUCCGAGGUGGAGAUCAAGAGGGCUCUCUCUGGCGCCAGCGAUGAGCCUUCGACGUCAUCCACCGGCGGCCUGAACGCCCCUGCUACAGCACCUGCUCAGACCGAGGCCACCAAGGCGGUCGCCGAAUCAGCCGCUCCUGUUGCUGUCUCUGCUACCAAGGCUGUCGAGCCCAUUGCUUCUUCCAGCAACGCCGAUGCAACCUCAGCUCCCACCACCGACGGUCUCAACGCACCAGCUUCUUCCUCCGCUCAGACCGAGGCCACCAAGGCGGCUGCCGAGCCGGCGAGGCCUGCGAAGGAGGAGCUUUUCAAGCCCACAACACUGGAGCAGAGGCAGCCCACCGUCACCACAGGCACGGAGACAGGUACCACUGACGCCAAGAGCGAGGGCCUUGCUGCACCUGAGACCUCUCCGAAGGACCGCAAAGAUUCCGACGUGUCCCCCAAGGGUACCCCAGGCAGCCAGAGUCUCGCAUCCAACUCGGCUGCCACCGACAAGAAGAACAAGAGGCGGUCGUUCUUCGGAAAGUUAAAGGACAAAUUCUCCAGCAAGAACUAA